GAGGCCAAUCGAAGAGUGUUGAGCUUAAUCACUUCACCUCGACAACAUUAAUUCCGACGAAUUCCCACCUCCAUCACACAUUUCUGUCAAAUCCAACCCACAUUCAUUCAAAUUCAUGCCGUAACUGGUCGGAAUUGUUAAUGGGAAACAAGAACUCAGAGCUUCCACCGGAGCAAUGUUGAAGUUGAAGUCUUUCCCUCCAAAAAUCAAGCCUUUCUUCAACCAGAAUCCCCCAGCAGCGUUCCUAUCUUCUUCCGCAACUCCGUCUUUACCCUCAGAGUCUUCACCACCGUAUCUCGCAAAUUUGGUCGCUUCGAUUCUCAGUUCCUCUACUACAGACCAGGCGCUGAGGAUCUUCAACUCGGCCUCACCAACCAUAAACCCGGCCAAGACCCUGAAACUUCAUUCCGCCAUCGUCCAUUUCCUAACCGGGAAGAGAUUGUACGUGAAGGCAAGGUGUUUGAUAGAAGGCCUCAUCGAAAUCUUGAGAAAAACUAGGAAACCCCACAAGGUGUGUUCAUCGAUUUUCACCGCGCUGAAUCAGAUUGAGCAUUCAAAUUGCGGCGGCAAUGUGUUUGGAGUGUUGAUCAACGCUCUGUGCCAGAAGGGUCUCCCCGAUGAGGGGCACUGGGUGUACCGGAAGAUGGGGAGAUUGCCGCCGGUGCAGCCCUGCAACGUGCUUCUCAACGGCAUUUUGAAGACGGGCCGUGUUGAGUUGAUGUGGGAGGUUUAUCACGACAUGGUUUCGAAUGGUUUAUCACCUAGUGAGGUGACUUAUGGGAUACUGAUCGAUGCUUGCUGCGAUCGAGGAGAUACAGAGAAAGCAAGGUUGUUACUUGAAGAGAUGGUUCAAAGGGCAUUAAAACCGACGGUUGUGAUCUACACGACCCUCAUACGAGGCUUAUGCGCGGAGAGUAAGAUGUUGGAAGCUGAGGCUGCUUUUAUGAGAAUGAUGGAGUGUGGCGUGGCUCCUAACCUCUACACAUACAAUGUAUUAAUGGAUGGAUAUGCUAAGAUGGUAUGUGUUGAGAAAGUGAGGAAGUUGUACUAUGCAAUGUUGGAUGGUGGAGUGUUGCCAAAUGUUGUUACCUAUAGUAUUUUGAUAUACUUGCUUAGCAAGAUUGGGGAGCUUGUAGCUUUUAGGAGCUAUUUUGUGCAUAUGGUGAAGUUUAAUGUUGUUCCCAAUAUCUAUAUAUAUAACUGCUUGAUGGAUGGUUUGUGUGAUGCUGGUGACUUAUCUGCUGCUAAGGCUAUGCUUGUGGAGAUGGAGAAAUUUGGUAUUUCUCCGGAUGUUGUCACGUAUGGCAUCCUUAUGAAGGGGUAUUCUAGAACCGGUAGAGUUGAGGAUGCGGAGAUUUUGUUCAGUAAGAUGAAUGAGGCAGGAGUGGUGAUGAACUCUGUGGUGUAUAAUACUCUUAUUGAUGGAUAUUGCAAGAAAGGAAGCAUGGAGAAGGCUGUGGGGCUCUGUUCACGAAUGAUGGAAGCGGGCUUACAGCCCGACAUGGUUACUUUCUGCACGCUGAUAAACGGCCACUGCAAAGCAGGGAAGCUGGAGGCUGCGAUGGGGCUAUACUAUGAAAUGGGAAUCAAGGGUUACAAGCCUGAUGUGGUUGCUUAUACUUCUUUGAUCGACGGGCAUUUCAAGAAUGGCUAUGCCGAUGCAGCUCUUCAGCUGCACAGAGAAAUGAUAGAGGCUGGCGUUGCACCCAAUGCUUUCACACUUAGCUGUGUGGUUGAUGGGCUGUGCAAGGAUGGAAGGAUCAAUAAUGCAACCAGUUUUUUCUUGGAACAAACCAAAGCUUCUAUGGCUGAAGCAGAUGCGCAUUGUUUGCCUACUAGAGUAACAUAUUCAAUCCUGAUCAGCAGUUUGUGCAGAAAUGGUCGAGUGUUUCAAGCCAGCAAGUUUUUCUCGGACAUGAGGAGAAGAUUGGAACCAGAAGCUGUUGAUUAUGCUGCAUUGGUCGAGGGGCAUUUUGGAGCUAAGCGUGUGUUUCCGGUGAUGCUGCUGCAAGCAGAUAUGCUGAAGAAGGGCAUACUACCGAAUGAAUUUAUGUAUAAGAUAUUGGAGAAGGGAUAUCAGGAGACUGCAUACUUGGCAUCGGCUCAAAAGUGUCGCGAUGAUUUUUAGGUGUAAUAUUGCAUCAUCAUCGUCACCAAAGCUCAUCAUCUCAGGUUCAAGUAUUUUAUCAAGAAUGUAUUAAAAGUCUUUGAAAGAAUGUGUCUUGUUUUGUUGUUUAGCAAUUUAAACUGAGACAAGCUUGGAGGAUAAGAAUGAGCUCAUUUUUUUGUCAA